AUGGUGUAUGUGGACUUGAACGUGCGCGCGACGGCGAGAGUGUCGGCAGGCGAGCUACAGCGAUUGGGCUACGCGACUGUGUGUGUCAACGUGGACUGCGAUGGCAACGAGAAGCCCAAACCAGUGACGGUGCUGCCGGACCUGCCGCAAUCAGCACAGAAAGACAAGAGCGGUAAGGUUACGAAGAGAGCCAAACUUUACACGGCAGCCCUGGGCAAUGGGCUGCAUCUCAAGGACGCGAACUCGACGGACAAGAAGCUCCCGAGGCAACGCAAGCGCAUCACACUCAAGCUAGAGGAGGUGGCGGAUGCACAGAAGCUGACAGCGUCGGAUGUGGUCAAGGGAUACGAUAUCGUGGCGGCCGAAGCAGCGACACCCAAGGUAUUCCAGUUCCUAUGUGAGCAAGCCGACAUCGACCUGAUCACCUUCGAUAUCACAAACCGCCUUCCGUUCCAGAUCAAACGGCCAUUGAUUGCUGCUGCCAUCAAGCGAGGUAUUUACUUUGAGAUCACGUACACGCCGUGUCUUGGAGAUACCGCUGGACGACGGUACUUCUUCUCCAACGCCAGCAAUCUCGUGCGUCUCACAGGUGGCAAGAACUUGGUGUUCUCUAGCGGUGCUACACGCGACAUUCUACUGCGCUCUCCGUAUGAUGUCGUCAACAUUGGGCUCCUGUCUGGACUGAAGUAUGGUCAAGCUCUCGACGCAAUAUCCACUUCGGGUCUGGCUGUGCUUGAGCACGCAGGCAAACGCAGAGGGAUCAUAGGAGGCGUACAGGUGGAAGCCACCGAGGAUGUAGCCAUGGAAUAA